AUGCUCUCGAGGGAGAACCUGCCACCUUGGGACUGGAGCCCACAUCCCCAGGUGGUGCAGCACCUGUGGUACAAGUACGAGAGGGCGCAGGUGGACCUGUUUGCCUCCCUGGACAAAACACACUGCCCCCUGUGGUACUCCAUGUCGGAGCCAAGACGUCAUUGCCUUUCCUCUCGUCCACCCCGUCCUGCCGGUCAUCGCCACUGUGACAGCUGCUACAGCCGGCGGUGUAAGGCCCCCGUGGAGAUCUCCGUGUCUUGUGUGCUCAUCCCCUGCCGCCUUUUGUGUGGAGCCCUGUUCCACAUGUGCAAAGAGGAGGAGCAUGCGCUCCUCUGCCCCAAUGAGAAGGUGCCAUGCCUCAACGCCGCCUUCGGCUGUCCAAUCAUCAUGCCCCGUUCCUGGCAGGCGGGCCACCUGCAGGUCUGUCCCGCCAGUGUGGUGUGCUGCUCAAUGGAGUGGAUCCGCUGGCCAGCCGAUGAAGCCUACGCAAACACACACCUCGAUGUCCACGCACACACACACACCCUGCACGAGAACCUGCUGAAGGAGGAGAAGGCAGGAGAACAGUUGGACCUGGCCAUGGCCCUGGAUGAUCAGAGACACUUGUUCGCACGUAUGAAGAUGAAGACUCUCUACCCAGAGAUGAUAGUGAAGGUGGAGGGAGAGGAAGAGGAGAAGAAAGAAGAUAAGAAAAAGGAGAAGACAGAAGACUGGGCCACAGUGCAUCUAAGAAAUGGGGCCUCCACUCUCUGUACGGGUGCUGAUGGCGUUCCAGAAACAGCAGUGACAGACCUUUCAGACUUUUCUUUGGAGAAGGAGGAGGGAGAUGUGGGUGUGGAGGAACCAGGGGGAGACAUCAGCUCUGACAGAUACAACAGGUAUGAGAGGAUGUUCAAUAUGGAUAAAGGAGGCUGUAAUGUGGACACCAAAAACAGCCGGGGCAGGGAAGGGAAGGAGUGGAACCAUUGGAUGGAGUUGGAGGAGCAGUCGUGCAGAGAGAAGAAGGAGAGAAGAGAUGCAGAAGGGUUGAUGGGCGCUCUGCAAGCUCCAGAAGCUCCAGGGAGACCAAGGGGGACCGAGGCCAACCGUAAUGCCACAGGGACUACAGGUAUGGCCCCGUGGCAGGACGGGGUCCUGCAGCGCAUGGCCAAGGAGGUCACCCCCCAGGAAUUCAACAUGUACCUAGUGCACCACGGACGCAUGCUGCUCACCUUUGGCCAGAUGGAUGCCUGCACGCCACGGGAAAAAGACUUUGUCUAUGGAAACAUAGAGCCCAUCCCUGUUCAGACACUGUACUCCUUCAAGGUCCCUGUCAGCUACCGUGAGAAGCAACGUAGUGUCCACUACUAUGACGCAUCAGCCCGUGCCGAGAGUACCUGGGCCUGUGUGGAUACGUCUGACCUGGGGGCAUUAAAGGAGUCCUGGUGGACGGACGAGGCUGACAGCACACUACUGGGAUACGCAGAGAGAGAGGUCAUGGGGCAUCAGAUCAGUGAGGAGCGUGGACAGGACGGGCUUUAUGUGGACAUGGGGAUGCAGACCCACUCCUUCAAGACGGCACCGUUCAGACGAGACACGACGUUAGCAGACCUGACAAGGGACAGGCCUCUGAAGCUCCGCCUCCAGCUGCAUGCGGGCAGCACCUCCAGCCGACACAACAAGGCUAGCUCCGCCUUCACCUUCCUCUGUGGACACUCCUUCCAACGAAGGGAAUUCCCCAAACACUUCAGGAACGUGCACACAGACAUUCAGACGUGUGCUAGUGGCUGGUUUGAGCAGAGGUGUCCCCUGGCCUACCUGGGCUGCACCUACAGCCAGAGAAGAUUAGAGCCUUUCAAACAACCUGCCACGGUCACCUACAACCAGGAACUGAGCAUCUUCAACCUCCGACCCACCGUCCCAGCUUCUCAAGGGGAAGGACCAGAGCCCCUUAAACCCUCCAAGUCACAGUCUGCUCCAGAACCUGACCCAACCCCCAGGAGGAGGCGGUCGAGGGGAGAAGGAGACUGCGAUUCUCUGAGUGCUUUGCCAUCCGAGGUGCUGUGCCACAUGGCCAGCUUCCUGGACAGCCUGUCCCUGUCCCAACUGGCCCUUGUGUCCCGCCUCAUGAGAGAGGUGUGUUCCUCUCUGCUGCAGGACAGGGGGAUGGUGUCCCUCCUCUGGGAAAAGAAGACCUACAAGUCUGGUGUGGCCAAAUGGAAGGCCAAAACGGUGUGGGAGUUCAGUCAUCUGUUCUCUACAGUAGAUUUGUGGCGUUUUAUAGACAACGUGCCGUCCAUGUCGGAACACCUGAAGGUUUGUCCCUACUACCAGACCUGGGUACCACCCCAGCCGGUGGCCCUGCCCAGCAUGAGUCACCUACAGGGGGGAACACAGGAGCAGGACAACCAGCAGAGACAGAGCCUGGUUGCUCAGUUCAUGGGCAACAGAUAG